AUGACGGCGAAGUCCAUUAAAAGCAUAACGUCCGUUCCAAUAUCAAUGUCAAAAACUGGAAAGAUGAGGUUGACGGCAUCUCCAGAUAACCUGGCGUCUAUGAUGUCCAGAGACCAAAAUAAGCUCAUUCAUCUGGACCCCGUUCCAUUUUUCAAAGACAGACAUGAAAUCAAACCAUGGUUACAAAAGAUCUUUUACCCGCAAGGUAUAGAUAUUGUCAUCGAGAGGUCAGAUUCUGGGAAAGUCACUUUUAAAUGCAGAUCAGUACGAUCUAACAUGAGGCUGAAUCCUGAAUUCAAAAGUACAUCUUCAAGGUCGCACGCAUGCCCAUUUAGAAUCAGGGCCGCCUUUUCUGUACGGUUACAGAAGUGGAAUGUGGUUGUCAUGAAUAAUAUACAUGCACAUGAACUGAGGUUUGAUUUGAUCACUAAGACAGAUGACUAUAAAAAAUUCAAGGAAACCCUCCGCCAGAAACGUGAUGAAAAGGCAAUCAAAACCUUUGAUGAGCUGGAAUAUAAGGCCAGUCUAAACUUACCGCUCGUGACACCGAUUAUCUCCUGUGACUGUGGUCUGACCAAAGAAAUUGAAGCUUCCAAUAAUAUAUUUCUUCCGAUAUCAAAUCCUUCUUUGACGUCUAAAAAAAGCGUGCUCAAAGCUAAUAAGAAUUCCGUCUCUAAGGCAAAAUCUAAACAACCAGAAAAUUCAAAGCCUGGGCUAAGGCUGAAAACGCAAUUAGAUUCAACCCUAGAUGCAACUGGAUUUUUAGAUGAUAUCAAAGUACAAAGCGCUUUUGUAUCGACAGGAAACGCCGAGUCACUAAUGGACUUGAACGAGAUCGACUUCACUAAUAUGUUUAAUAACAAUAGUGCUAUCCCAAAUUCCAAUCAAGGUCUGAUGGAUUUCUCAGUGGAUCCCAUUACAGGACCUUCUUCUUCCCUAUUUCCUUCAACGCCCAUAGAGCCUUUUUCACAAAACAAUGUGACAUUAGCUAUUUCGGAGUCAAUAGCAUCUUCUUCUCCAAAUUUCAUGGAAAUGAAGGCUCCUUACGAGGACGAGAUCAUGGAUCUUCUCAAAGAUAAUAAAAGCAAUGCACCAACCUCUGACACAGAUAUCAAUACAGAUUUAGGGAAGGAUAUAAGCGAUAGUCUUGGCAUGCUAAACUAUAAUUAUGAAGCAUUGCUUCAGUUUAAUGAUAACGAAUUUAGUGAAUUGAAGUCUAUCGAUCCAGCACUAAUAUCAAAGUAA